CUUAACCAAAAAAAAACGCAUUUAUUUGAAUUUUAUAUUGAGGUUAAUUUUGAGUCGUAAAUUCCAAUAAAUUUCUGGCAUUAACAGAAAAUUCAGAAACUAAAACAAAAUAAAUUCAAAAUGAGUGAUAUUCUAAAAGAUAGUCGCUUUAGCAAAUAUCUGAAUGACCCACGGUACAGACAAAUUCCAAAACAUGAAAGAAAGGUAAAAAUCGACAAAAGGUUUCAAUCUAUGUUUAAUGAUGAAAAAUUUAAAGUCAAAUACACUGUGGAUAAGCGUGGUAGACCGAUAAAUGAGACAUCCACAGAGAAUUUACGAAAAUACUAUGACUUGGAGUCUGAUAACAGUUCUGACAGUGAAGAGACUGAGCCUGAAAAGACUGUACUUCAUAAAAAAGACGGUAUUGAAGCAAAAUUAUGCGAGAAUUUCAAUCGAGUAAGUGAUGAAGAAGAACACCGCUUUAACAAUGACACAUUGAUUCUUGGAAAACUGGACAAAAAGACUAAAACAAAAUUAUUGGAUCUGGAAAUAGAUUAUGCUCGUGGAGAAGGUGUCUUAUUAACAGAUAGUUCAUCUGAUGAAGAAAGUAGUGGAGAAGAAGUUGAGAGUGAAUUAGAACAUGAAUGGGGAGAAUUAGAUGCUGAUGCUGAGACAACUGAUGAUUCUACCAAAAGAAUAGCUCUAUGCAAUAUGGACUGGGAUAACAUCAAAGCUGCUGACAUAAUGGUUCUUCUGAAUUCUUUUCUCCCACCUGGAGGGAUUAUUCUCAGUGUCACUGUUUACCCUUCCGAAUUUGGAAUUAAAAGAAUGCAAGAAGAAGAAGUGCGUGGCCCUAUUGAACUAACUGAGGGAACAAACGAGGAUUUAUCUGAUAACAAUGAUGACAAUGAAGAAGGAUCAUCUUAUCACAUGGAGAAAUUGCGCCGAUAUCAAUUGAACAGAUUGAAAUAUUAUUAUGCUGUGGUUGUCUGCGACUCUGUAGCGACUGCAGACAAGCUUUAUAGCGAAUGUGACGGCAUGGAAUACGAAAGCAGUGCAACGCGACUAGAUAUGAGAUUCAUACCAGAUGAUGUCGCAUUUGAUCAGCAACCACGAGAAGUAUGUACGAAACUACCGGAUAUGACUAAGUAUAAACCUCGACUUUUCAAAACUACAGCGUUGCAACAAGCAAAAGUGGAACUCACUUGGGAUACAACUAACCCUAACAGGGCUGAGACAAUACGGAGUGCGCUUGAUGGCAAAAUAGACGAUCUUGACCUAAAAGAAUACUUGGCUUCCAGCAGUGACGAUGAAGACUCCACACAAGAAAUAAACAACGCUGAAUCAGAUCAAGAUGAUGAUCCAAUAAAAAGAUAUAAGUCGCUUUUACAAGAUAUUGAGCAGAAAGAAGAAAAUAAACGCAAUAAAGACAUGGAAAUGGAAAUCACGUGGGGUUUAGGAAUAAAAGAUAAAGCUGAAGAGUUGGUAAAGAAGAAGCAAAAUGAAGAUAAGGAUUUGACACCAUUCGAGAAAUUGAUAAAGAAAAGAAAGGAGAAAAACAAGCAGAAGAAGUUGAAGAACAAACAAAAUCUAAAUAGCAAUUCAGAUGAAAUGAAAACUGAAUCUUCUGAUGAUGACAUUCCUUCUGACAUUGAUAUGAAUGAUCCAUACUUUGCUGAGGAACACAAUAAACCUGAAUUCAAGAAGGACAAACAACGGAAAACUUUACAGAGCACCGAAAGAAAUGCUGAUGAAAGUGAUGAAGAAAAAAGAAAAGCAGAAUUAGAAUUAUUACUUAAUGAUGAAAAUGACGGCAAAGCCCAUUUCAGUCUUAAGAAAAUCCAGGACCGUGAGAGCUCCAACAAAAAGUCGAGAAGAAAAAAGAAACAAAAAAUGGCGGAGCAAAAUUCUGACUUACCAGAUUUCGAUAUUAAUCUUGAUGAUGAACGAUUUUUAGCAGUAUACAAUUCCCACCACUUCAAUAUAGACCCUUCAAAUCCAAACUAUAAGAAAACAAAAAAUAUGGAGAAAUUAAUUCAAGAAAAGUUAAGGAGGAGACCAGCAGAUUUACCUGUUCAAAAUGAAAGUCAACCAAAAAGGACGAAAGCGGAGGCAGAAUUAAAUAUAUUGGUUAAAAAUAUAAAAAGAAAAACAAAAAAUUCGUUGUAGAAAUAAAGUAAUUUCUUAGGUUUUGUGAAGGCCAGUCCUGAGGCAUAUCGUAAAAUUUUAGAUUUACUUGUACUGUUAAGUAAAUCGCCAUUUACUUUAGUUUGCUAUCAUAUUUCCGCAAUAAAUGGAAUCAUGGAUUAUUCUUUGGGAAGAAAUGAAUGAUUGUUUCUUUGUUAAUUUUCGUUUUCUUUAAUAUCAUUUUACCGCGUUUUUUAACAUAAUCAAAAACUUGCAACAAGGUGCUCCCUCACUGGGAAUAUACUAAUGUACUUUUAAAUAAUGUAUUUUUUCGUUUUACCACUGCAUUUUUACUUAAGUAUCGAAAAUGGAGAGUGAAGAACGUGAUGGCUUCGGCCCUCGCGAUGUGUGGGACAAUGAUUUUGCGCUCUUAAUUUUCGAUUACUAAGUGUUUGAGACUGUAGAUCAUAAUGCACCUUCUAUUUUCGAGUAUGUCCCAAGUUUGGAGCGACUUAAUUCUUUUUUUGCAAUAACACCUGCAUGCAUUUGCGGAAACCGACGUUAUUUAUCUUUCUCAUUACUUCUGAAAAGGGGUCAUACCUACCUAGUUAGUUGAGCCCCUCUAGCAUGACCACCGAA